AGAGAACGGCCGCUUGGUGGCAUUAGAGGCACCUAUGUUUACAAUGGAAGUGACGUAUCUGUAGGCACAGCCAUACACAGAUCUGUGCCUGUGAGAUUGGAGCAUGGCGGGUGUGUGGAGGUCCUACCAGGCGCUGAUGACCAGGCACCCCUGGUCCGUCCAGAUACUGACUGCAGGCUCAUUGGUUGGUGCCGGUGAUGUCAUUUCCCAGCAGCUGAUUGAGAGAAGAGGGUUGGCCAAUCACAGCGGGCGGCGGACGGUCCGGAUGAUGGCCAUUGGUUUCUGCUUUGUGGGUCCAGUGAUAGGUGGCUGGUACAAGGUGCUGGACAGGCUGGUUGUUGGGGGAAGUAAAAGUGCUGCUAUGAAGAAGAUGCUGAUAGAUCAGCUGGCUUUCGCCCCUUGCUUCCUUGGAGCGUUCCUUGGUCUCUCAGGGGCUCUGAAUGGACUGACAAUGGAGCAGAACGCUGCCAAGCUGAAACGGGAUUAUGCUGAUGCAUUGAUCUCAAACUACUAUCUGUGGCCACCAGUCCAGAUUGCCAACUUUUAUUUUGUCCCUCUGCAUCACAGACUGGCUGUUGUGCAGGUUGUAGCCGUCUCUUGGAACUCCUACCUCUCCUGGAAAGCCAAUCAGAUCUGAAGACCUUCAGCAUUACUAGUGAUGUCGUGGGAUGUGUGCUGUGAUAUAUUGUUGACUUGCUCUUUUUCUAUUCCAGUCCUGAAACUCUUGACAUGUUGUGAUUGAGUCAUUUUGUAAAGGUUGCGGGGGAAUGUUCCGCCCAAAGUGACAAAUUCACACUUGAAAGUCAACCUUGCAUUGCACUAGUGUGAAAGUUUGUUCUCCAUGCUAAUUAGAUUUGCCACCACUCCGGCAACACACAAAUCACUAACACCGGGAAACAUACAUAACACAUACAUUGAAGAAAACCUUACAAUUAUGAUAUGCUAUCAUAGGUCCUUGUGAUUGCAACCUAACUUACUUAAAAACACAAUUUAAUAAUAAAGGGCUUAAAUAUU